UAUUUGUUAUUGUAUGAAACAGCUGUACAAUUCUGACAUUUUGAUUGUCAAAUAGUUUUUUUCAGCCAAACCACUCUUGUUUUUGGCCAUACGAAUAAAUUUUUGUUAUUUUUUGUGGAAUUUAACAAACUUUUUCCUCUAAAAUGUGGUUUGAAGUCUUACCCUCGGCUGUUAUCAUCACUGUGGCUUUGUCCAUACCCACAUAUGCCAUGUAUGGCCUGCAUAAACUCACUUUGGGCAAUGCCUACCGCCGCAACUUGGAUGAACGUUUUGAUCGUGUUAUGUAUUUGCGCGACAGACGACUAACCGACAAUCCCUAUCUCAUGAAUGGUUUGGAACAAAUUCCCGAUGAGAAGUAAAUUCAAACAUUAUUCGUAUGCCGCCAAAUAAAUUUGGAAAAUAAUAGUUUAAAAAACGAUAAUGUAAAGUUUUGAAAUAAUUAAAUUAAUAAAAUAAAACAAUAUAAAUUCCAAAAAAAAAAAAA